AUGUCCAUCAUCCCGUUUUCGCUGCGACGGUUUCCUGGACAAGUCUUCUAUUGUGCCGAAGGUGCCAUCGUCCGGUGCUGCGAUGGCUUACCGCAAGACGAGAUUCUGGCACCGGUCAGUGAGGCCGCCGAGAUCAUCUAUGGGAAUUCUGUGCCUUGGCAUAAGUGGAAUCUCCGGGCGCCAGGUGUUUGGAAAGAAGUUUCGCAGACAUCUAAAACGCACGCCGGUCUCGAAUCAUGUACGAACAGCAUCAACCAGCAGUUGAAGCAAGUCAUGACAACGUCGCGGACGUCGGAGCUGGAGUUCUGGGAGCAAGACGCCAUCCGUAUGAGCGAGGACGACCGGUCGAUGAGCGCGCCCAACUCUCGAUCUCAAUCUGGGAGCCCUGGAGUGGAAAGUCCGUUCAACAAAUCCUCGUCCGGGUCGGCCGUGAUGGCGGAGAUCAGACGGCGGCCCAAAAGAAAGCGAGAUGAUGGUGCCAAGACGCAGGCUGAGCUUGUGAUUGAGAUAGCCGAUACAUUCCUCGGGCGGCUCCAUUCAGCAACCAUCUCAGAUGCAGACGUGCUGUCGUACAUGGAUUUAGCCAGCAUCAAGGAUCCACCACUGACACCACAUGGAGAGCACAUGUCGCGAGCUUGGGAAAUGUGCAUUAGCUUUGCGCGGCAGUCGAGCCAGAAGGUCAAAUAUGGACGUCUUCUGCGUUUCCUCUCGCUCUGUUUUUUCUUGAUCUGGGAACGAUACUCGCCCAAGCAGGGUAAGAGCGCGGCUCGCGAGGUGAACGCGAAGAUGCGCGAGGCGGGAUUCAGCGGACACUCGCGCGGGCUCAAGACGAUGCGCGACGAAACCACGCUCAUCAACACCAUCAUCGCCUCAAUUCAGACACACUGUAAUUUUGAGCAAGCCGGCAUCCUAUACCACAUAGUGUUUGAAGCCACCAACUACCAACUCAUCCGCACCAUCAACCGGCUGUCCAAAGACAAACAAGCCACCAUCAUCGGCUACACGUGCGACCAUUUCGAGGCGCAAGGCCUGGCAGCGUAUCCUGCCACGACGGCAAUCAACAUCCAAGCCAUCACACAACAGUACCUGCCCGAUCUAUCCAAGGACGCCAUCGACGCGGCGAUUGGGUAUCAGGCCUUGGACAGGCAGCAGAGUGCGCCCCCACGCGGUAAGCAGAAGACGAGCACGGGCGUGGUGGAUAGCGGAGAUAACGGGGGGUUCUCGCUUGCCCUGGGCGAUGCGGCGACGCCGUUUGGCGACUUGGCUGCGGGUGUGUUUUUGGGACUCGAGGGCGACACGACGGCGUUGGAUGCCAUGCACUGCGGUCAUGACGGGUUCGUGGGCGAUGUGAAUUUCGAUUUCAUCUUCAACGACAGCGAUAUGGGCGAGGUGGUGCCAGUAGUGUGA